AUGGUUUACAUCGGGAUUCCCAAGAAUUACACUCAGUCGCCGUCCUCUUUCAUGGGGACGCCGUUGCUGACGAUCAACCAUGAAGCGACCCAGGACCUUGACUCUACCAAUGCUUUCGAAGGACCCGAGAAGCUCCUUGAGGUCUGGUUUGCGCCUUCCGCCCAAGAGCUGGGGUCUGCUGGACCCGCCGGUCUGAAGGCCGUGCCCGAGGAAAUCUGGAAGGAUAUGCUGGAUCUCGUCAACUGCCAAGUGCUCUCCAUCGUGUCGUCCGAGGAUGUGGACGCUUACCUCUUGUCCGAGUCCAGCAUGUUUGUCUGGCCUCACAAGUUGAUUCUCAAGACUUGUGGCACCACCACCUUGUUGUCUGGCUUGCCCCGCAUUCUCGAGAUCGCCACUUUGUUUGGCGGCUUCCCGCGCGCUGCGGCGCCCUCGCGUGGCAUUUCCGUUGCUGCUGCGCCUUACCGCGUUUUCUACAGUCGCAAGAACUUCCUGUUCCCUGAUCGUCAGCGCGGUCCCCACCGUAGCUGGAGAGAUGAGGUUCGGACCAUGGACCGACUGUUCUUGAACGGUAGCGCCUACAUGAUCGGCAAGAUGAACGGCGAGCACUGGUACUUGUACCUGACUGAACCCAACACCAUGCUCACACCUCCUGCGAGUCCCAAGGCGGAUGACGAGGAGAUGACUGAGACCAAGAUUCUCAGUGUGCCCAGCCAUGCUGUCAUCCCGGGAGCCGAGGCUAUGGAUGAGACUCUGGAGGUGCUGAUGACUGAUUUGGAGGAGGAGAACGCGAAGCAGUUCUACUUGGACCAUGCUACUGCAGUGGCAGAGAAGCGGUACCGCAACUUUGAAACCGACAAUGAUGACCCAGUGGAUGUCUUCAGCAACAACUCCGACAUGGAUGAUGUGUCCUCCUCCGACGGGAGCCGCAUCCUGCCAGCGGAGCUGACCACCGAGGGUCACGCCUUGGGUACUGUGGUGUCGGAGUCGUGCGGCCUUUCUGAUGUUUACCCUAAGUCCAAAUUCCCGGAGUCCCGCAUUGAUGCCUACUUGUUUACUCCCUGCGGAUUCUCGGCCAAUGGUGUGAUCCCAUCGCCCGACCAGACCACUGGCACUCACUACUUCACGGUGCACGUUACGCCUGAGCCGCAGUGCUCGUAUGCGUCGUUUGAGACCAACGUGCCUCACUCGCAGAACGGACAGACCACUGCGGGGAUCAUCCAACAGGUGGUGAACAUCUUCAAGCCGGGCCGGUUUACCGUGACCUUGUUCGAGGCCAAGCCCGAGUUGCCCGUGGUUGAGGGCGAGUGGGACAGUAUCAAGGAGGCCAAGUACUUUGAGCGACAGCUGCUGCGCCGCACCUCCAAGAUGGAGCAUGUGGAGGGAUACCGGCGAGUGGACCGGAUUGUGCAUGACCUGGACGGAUAUGACCUGGUGUUCCGCUACUACGAACGUCUUGAUUGGAAAGGGGGGGCCCCCAGGCUCGGAGAAGAGCGCGUUUGA